AUGGAUAAUCAAUCUUCUUUAUCAGUUCGUCCAUUAUCUAUUCCUCUUUUGAGCUAUGUUAUGGCGUUAACAUAUACAUCUGAAGUUGCAAAACAUCGCUGUUCUAUGGACUAUAUAUUUGAAAAAGACAGAGACUACAAUUACAGAUGCAGUGGAGUAAACAGCAUGGGAGCAACAUGUUGUAAAAGAGAAAGAAAAUCUGAAACAUUGGAUUCUUUCUUUGCACAAAGACAUCUUUCCUAUGAUGUUGUUAUGCAAGGAAUAUAUUACUGGUUAAACCAGAUUCCUAGAAUGACAAUGGGAGUUAUGCUUGGUGUUUCUCUAGAAACUAUAAGACAUCUCAUUGCUAGUAUUCACCAAUUGAUUCAAAUGAAUUUAACGAACAAUGGAGGUAUUGAUGCCAAUGAGAAAACAGCAGAACGAAAAACAUUUUUGGUGACAAUUCCUCAGAGAGAUGCUGCAACUCUCCUUCAAGUGAUAAAGAAGUAUGUAAAGCCCAAUAGCAUUAUUCACACAGAUUGCUGGGCUGCAUAUGGGGGAUUGUCAUCAGUGGUUGAUAUGAACUAUACUCAUAGAACAGUCAAUCACAAUCUUGAGUCUGUGGAAUGGAAUAAAAGUGAACUGCAAGGCCAGAUUGCAAACAAAACAAAUGGUGCCAUGGAUGUUGAUGGAAUUCAUAUGGAGAAAAAAAUAUGA